AUCCCCUAUCGUAAACAGGUUGGAAAGGGUCGUAAACUGUCUUGCUGCAGCUGUGGAUGUCACACCGUAGCUACUUAAUUCGAAUCAAAUUUAAAAAUUGCUGCAGAAAAGCGAAAUGGCAGACGAGGAGAAGUUACCGCCGGGAUGGGAGAAGCGAAUGAGCCGCAGUUCAGACAGGGUGUACUACUACAACCACACCACCAAUUCAAGCCAGUGGGAACGACCGGUGGGAGAUGGCCGCGGAGAGCCAGACAAGGUGCGCUGUUCUCAUCUGCUGGUGAAACACAUUCAGUCUCGUCGUCCAUCUUCUUGGCGGGAACAAAACAUAACACGCACUAAAGACGAGGCCCUGGAACUCAUUCAGAAGUAUAUUGAUCAGAUCAAGUGUGGGCAAGAGAAGUUUGAGUCGCUGGCGUCUCAAUUUAGCGACUGCAGCUCAGCUAGAAAUGGCGGCGAUCUCGGACAGUUUGGCAGAGGUCAAAUGCAGAAACCUUUUGAAGACGCAUCUUUUGCUCUCAAAGUGGGAGAAAUGAGCGGUCCCAUUUUUACUGACUCUGGAGUGCACGUCAUUCUGCGCACAGGUUGAACGGGCAAGAAUAAACCAUCUGAAGCAGUCCUUCAUUUUAACACCAUCAUCUAAUCAAAGCCGAUGGACUCAGUUAUUGUUUUGUAUUUGCAGCCAGAUGUGCGUGAAUAAAAGUGCACUCGAUAUCAAAGAGCGAUGCAGGAUAUUCU